CGUUCAGGCUCCCCAGGAGGCGGGUGCGUUGACAGGCACUAUGCCACCACGGGCCAGUCAGGACACAGGAGAAACAUGCCGAACUGAUGUGGACGUAGAUCCCGGUGUGCUCAUCGUCGAUUGGGACGGCCCAGAUGACCCAGAGAAUCCACGAAACUGGUCAUUCAAGAAAAGAUGGGCGGCGACAAUUGUCGUGUCGUCGUUCAGCUUCGUCAGCCCUGUGACGUCCUCAAUUAUCGCACCUGCGUCCGAGCAGCUGGCGGAGGAAUUUGGGAUAACUAGUCAGACAGUUAUUGCGAUGGUCACGUCCAUUUUCGUCCUUGCCUAUGCUAUGGGUCCGUUAUUGCUCGGACCACUCAGUGAGCUGUUCGGGCGCUCGAGAGUAGUCCAGUUGGCAAAUUUGUGGUAUAUAGCUUGGAACCUCGGUUGUGGCUUCGCCCGGACUCAGUCGCAGAUCCUCGCUUUCCGCUUCCUCUCCGGCUUCGGCGGUGGAGCGGCCCUCGCUAUCGGCGGCGGGGUUCUCGGAGACUGUUGGAAACCGCAUGAGAGAGGACAGGCGGCGGCCCUGUAUUCUCUUGCGCCGGUUCUCGGUCCCGUCAUGGGACCUAUCUGCGGGGCGUGGAUUGCGCAGAAGUCGACAUGGCGUUGGGUCUUCUGGUCGACGACCAUUUUGAGUGCGAUCGUAGGAUGUGGAGGGUUUCUGAUGCUGCGAGAGACGUACGCCCCGGUCCUGUUGGAACGCAAGGCAAGAAGGAUCAGGAAGAACAUGGGUUCGGAGAAGUCGCAGCACCAAGAAAUUCGGACUGUAUACGAUCACGGCGAUAGACACUGGAAGCAGAUCUACUCGACAGCGCUUUUCCGACCUUUCAAGCUAUUUUUCAAGGAGCCGAUCAUCAUGCUUCUGGGCAUAUACAUGGCAUUUGUCUAUGGGACACUCUAUCUUUUCCUGACUACGAUUGACUCUAUCUUCGAGGAUGUGUAUCGGGAGUCCAUCGGGAUUGCUGGUCUGAACUACAUUGCUCUUGGUAUCGGACUCACCGGGGCUUCGCAGAUUAAUGCGAGGGUAUUGGACCGUCUCUACAGUUAUAUGGUGAAGAAGAAUGGGGGCGAGGGCAAGCCGGAGUACAGAUUGCCGUCGAUGGUGCCAGGGACGCUUCUGCUCCCCAUUGGCCUAUUGAUCACGGGAUGGACAGCGCAGGCCCACACGCAUUGGAUUGGCCCUGACAUCGGCAUAUUCCUCGUCGGCGCGGGCACCAUGCUGAACUUCCAGUGUAUACAAACCUACGUCAUCGAUGCAUUCACGCUGUACGCUGCGUCGGCACUCGCGGCCGUGACCUUCCUGCGCUCAUGUGCAGGCUUCGCCUUCCCGCUGUUUGCGCCCGAUAUGUUCGCUGCGCUUGGGUACGGCAAGGGCGACACGAUAAUCGCGGUCGUCGCCAUCGUGGUUGGUUGCCCAGCACCCUUCCUCUUCAUGGCGUUCGGUGAGCGUAUCCGCGCUGCAAGCCAAUAUUCGAACCCAUAAAGGCCCAGGCACCCGACGUGCCUGCCACGAGCAGCAACUCGAACGGGACCACUCGCACGGUUCAAGAUGCUCAGGACCGUUCUCCGUAUACUCCGGCUCCUGGCGUGUUGCUCCAUUGAAGAGACAACACGUUUACCGAAGUGCUAUCCAACUAGUACUUAGGCGCUAUCCAACUAGUGCUCUGAGGUGCUAUCCAACUAGUGCUAUGAGGCGCCAUGCAACUGCCGCCUUUAGCUGCCGCGCAACCAAUCAUCGUGUUACCUAUCGAGCGCGAUGCAGCUACUGUACAUAGCAGAGUUGCUAGAGGUGCUACCUGACUAGUUCCCUCCCGGUGUCAUGCAACUGGCACCACACAUUUUACAUCACAUUGGUGAUGUCGCUCGUUAUUGUGAACAGAAGUCGACGAAAAUCCACAGAAUGUGCU